AUGCACGAUGAUCAGGAAAAAUACACACCACCUUCCCGAGUUGACACUCCAGUAUCCAUUGUCAAGUCGCAAAGUUCCUGCACGCCAAUAAUUCACUAUUCUUCUUCGUCCACGCUGCAGACACCAUAUACAAUCUACGGCAAAUGGCAGAAACGGUUCAUUGUGCUGGGCGCUGCUAUUGCAGCUCUUCUCAGUUCAGUAACCACUAAUAUCUAUUUGCCUGUAUUGCCCGUCUUAGCAGAUCACUUCAAUGUGACGGAGUCGAAAAUCAAUCUCACCAUCACCACAUACUUAGUGUUCCAAGGUGUUACACCCGCAAUCCUCGGCGGCUUCACGGACAGAUAUGGACGACGGCCAACCUACAUGAUCUGUUUGACGAUCUCUAUGCUGUCAAACGUUGGGCUGGCUGUUUCAGACAGAUACGUGGAGCUCUUGGUCAUUCGCUGCUUUCAGGCCAUAGGUGUCGCCUCAUUGCAAGCCCUAUGCCAAGCUGUUGUGGCCGAUGUCAUAACAAAUGCCGAACGAGGCCAGUACAUGGCAUUGACCCAGCUUGCACCCAUAUUAGGCCCGAGUCUGGGGGCUCUUCUGGGCGGCACUCUGGCGUACCUACUAGGUUGGCGAAGCGUUUUUAUGUUCCUAGCCAUCAGCAGUCUUGUGAUACUGUCAUUGAUGCUGCUCUUCUUUCCAGAAACCUGCCGCAGGAUUGCUGGGGAUGGCUCUCAGCCUGUAUCAAAAGUUUAUCAGCCUCUUCGGCACCUGAUCAAGGUGUAUCGCGUGUCAAGAACGAGCGACAAUCACGUACCUAGCGACAGAGAUACAGACAGGGUUGAAAGACAAAAUGGUGCUGCAGCCGCUCCAAUCUUGUUGACUCUGUCUCAGGCUCUCAUCCUCUUUUUCAGAAAGGAACUUUGCCUGCUGACCCUGUACAAUGGACUAAUAUUUGGCGGCAUACAAGCAAUCUCUACCACAAUCCCAAGCCAGUUCAUGGAGAUAUACCAGCUUAACACUUUCCGCAUAGGAUUGUUGUACCUACCGGUGGUUGGUGGAGGUGUCAUUGCCACUUUGAUCAUCGGGAAAGCAAUGAACUGGAAUUUUGCGCGCUACGCAAGGAAGGGCGACAUAUCAGCAUUGGAACAUGGCAGACAGCAUGACUUAUACGACUUUCCUAUCGAAAGAGCACGGAUUCAAGUGGCUCUUCCAGCUUUAGUCAUUAGCAUUGUUUCGGUGGCUGCUUGGGGAUGGUCACUGGAGAAAGGCACAUCAAUCGCUGUGCCCUGCAUGCUGAUCUUCUGCGUGGCAUUCGGGCUAAUUGGCGUCAACAGCGCCAUGACUUCUCUGGUGGCUGACACUCAUCCCGGACAAGCUGGAUCCGCAGCCGCGGCCAACAACAUUGGCAGGUUUGGCCUUGCAGCAAUUAUGACGGCGGCGAUUCAACCACUCAUUCAUGCGGUAGGAAUUGGUCUGGCAUGCACCAUCAUCUCAUGCCUCUAUAUCUUGUUUUCACCUUUGUUGUUUGUCGUGAUGUUCAGAGGAAUGAGGUGGCGCGUAGCUCUGCGUGAGAAAGAAGAGGCAAGAGAACGAGAAAAGCAUGGCGUGGGGGGUGCAAACGAUCCAGAACAGUCUACUACAGGUUGA